CGACCGAGCCCAGGGCUUGCCUUGGGCUGGGCGAAGGAAACUUUGAAAGUGUGAGUUUUGUUAAAGCACGUGAUUCCACUCUUGGGCGCAGUGGUGCUCCACCGUGUCAGAAGCAAGGCCCCUCCCCUUUGCAGCAAACAUUUGUAAAGCCCACUUGACUGCCCUGUUAAUUCAUCAUGAGAUACGCGUGAUUGACAACCAGCAUGAGGCUCCAGUUUAAAUGCAAGGGGGAACGAGGAGAACAAUGCAUGACACGCCUUGCCAUAUCCUUUACAUCUAGCACCUGCAGAGGUGCUCACACCUGCUUCUAAUGAGGAGUUUUGAUUGAAGAGCGGUAAAAAUAUCAGGUUCAUAAUAAAGGUGCUAAGAAAGAGAAUGUAAGACAGGAAAAGAAUUAAAUAUUGGACUGAGUCUCUUCAACAGACCACGUUUAAGAGGUGCCUCUUACCCCCUGUUGCCGGCUGCUGGAACACGAUGGAUCCCACGGGGGCCUUAGACACUGAGGAUGAACUGGGACCUUUAGCCCAUCUCGCGCCAAGUCCUCAAAGCGAAGCCGUUGCCCACGAAUUCCAGGAACUCUCCUUGCAGCCCAGUCAGUACUUACCCCCUCUGCACGAACGGAAAAAUGGAAGUGUAGUGUUUGGGGAGUCAGGACUCCAGCCUCCUCUGCUGACUCAGUCCUUGAGCACCGUGCUCCAGCUGAGGCUGCAACAAAGGAGGACGCGGGAGCAACUAGUGGACCAGGGCAUCAUGCCACCUUUGAAGAGCCCAGCGGCAUUCCAUGAGCAGAUAAAAAGCUUGGAACGAGCCAGAACCGAAAACUUUUUGAAGCACAAGAUCAGGAGCCGACCAGACCGCUCCGAACUUGUCAGGAUGCACAUUUUAGAAGAAACGUUUGCAGAGCCAUCCCUGCAGGCCACUCAGAUGAAGUUGAAAAGAGCCCGUCUGGCCGAUGACCUGAAUGAAAAGAUUGCGCAGAGGCCUGGGCCUAUGGAGCUGGUCGAGAAGAACAUCCUACCUGUCGACUCCAGUGUUAAGGAAGCAAUUAUAGGUGUUGGGAAGGAAGGCUAUCCCCAAACUCAGGGUGACUUCUCAUUUGACGAAGACAGCAGUGACGCGUUGUCCCCAGACCAGCCGGCCAGCCAGGAGUCGCAGGGGUCAGCCGCGUCCCCAAGUGAGCCAAAAGUUAACGAGUCGCCAUCUCCUGUGACCACAAACACUCCAGCCCAGUUUACUUCGGUGUCCCCAGCAGUUCCUGAAUUCUUGAAAACCCCCACUACUGCGGAUCAGCCCCCCACAAGGUCCACAGCGCCUGUGCUCCCCGCAAACACUGUGUCCUCAGCAAAGCCUGGGCCAGCACUGGUGAAGCAAAGCCACCCCAAGAAUCCCAACGACAAGCACCGCAGCAAAAAGUGCAAAGACCCCAAACCCCGGGUGAAGAAGUUGAAGUACCACCAGUACAUUCCACCAGACCAGAAGGGCGAGAAGAGCGAGCCGCCGCUGGACUCCAACUACGCUCGCCUGCUCCAGCAGCAGCAGCUCUUCCUGCAGCUGCAGAUCCUGAGCCAGCAGCAGCAGCAGCACUACAACUAUCAGACCAUCCUGCCCGCGCCACUCAAGCCACUCAAUGACAAAAAUAACAACAGUGGGAAUUCAGCUUUGAACAAUACCACAGCUAACACAGCAAGACAGACAACGUGUGCUCCUGUGAGAAAGCCAGGACCCCUGCCUUCCAGCCUGGACGACUUAAAGGUAUCAGAACUGAAGACAGAGCUGAAGUUAAGGGGUCUUCCAGUGUCAGGCACCAAACCAAACCUGAUCGAGCGCCUGAAACCCUACCAGGAAGUGAACAGCGGCGGCACUGCUACUGAUGGCGUCGUGGCAGUGUCAGCAUCUGCCGUCAUCACCAGUAGCCCAGAGCUCACCAAGGCAUUGCCAGUGACCACACUACACAGCUCUGUGACUAGCGCAGGCUCCACUUUCAAGGCGGAGUUGCCAUCUGCUGGAAGCGGCAGCACAGCCCACGUGGAAAAUGGUAGUUCACCUCUGCCCAUCUCGCCGUCUCCCUCCGAGCAGUCCAGUUUCAGUGCCGAGGACACAAACAUGGCGGACACCUUCACCGAGAUUCUGACAAUGAUGUCUCCUUCCCAGUUCCUGUGCUCCUCUCCUUUGCGAGUGACUGGUAACGAGGACAGCCUGAGCCCCACCAGCAGCACGCUGUCCAGCCUGGAACUGGAUGCGGCGGAGAAGGACCGCAAGCUUCAGGAGAAAGAAAAGCAGAUCGAGGAGCUGAAGAGGAAACUGGAACAAGAGCAGAAGCUCGUGGAGGUUCUCAAGAUGCAGCUCGAGGUUGAAAAACGAGGGCAGCAGCAGCAGCGGCCCCAGGAAUGCCAGUCCAGCACCCCCGGGAAUCCUGUCAAUAAGUUAGAGACGCAUGGCGGUGUCGCUUCCUCUGUCAAAGACGAGACCAGCUCGCUCACCGACUGCUCCAGCCCCCGGCAGCCUGUCCCUGCAGCCCCGCCUGUCUCUGCGGGUGGCCAGACCCUUGGUGCCAAAAAGGCUGUAGUGAUCAAGCAGGAGGUGCCCGCGGUGCAGGCCGAGCAGCAGACCAUCGUCCCCCAGUUUUACGUGAGCGCCCAGGGACAGCCGCCGCCUGCCGCCGUCGCCCAGCCGCAGGCCUUGCUGACCACGCAGACUGCUCAGCUGCUGCUCCCCGUGUCCAUCCAGGGCCCCAGCGUGACGUCGGUGCAGCUCCCUGUGGGCGGCCUCAAACUCCAGACGCCCCCGCAAACAGGAAUCCAGGCUCAGCCUCAGAGAGCGACCACUGCCUUGUCCUCAGGCUUGGCCCAGACUGGACCUCCGAAACAAGACCCGUUCACGCCGCACGUGCUCAGUCAGCCGCAGCCAGUCCGAAAGGUGUUUGCAAACUCGGCAGCCAGCACAGCCCUCCCGUAUCCGAGACCCCCGGCCCCUGCGGGCCAGCAGCCCUUCCUGAACAAGGCCUCCAGCAGUGUUCUCCAGUCCAGAAGCACACCCCUCCCACCCCUGCAGAAUGGGCCGAACCCUCCCAGCAAGCCUAGCUCGCCCCCUCCAUCCCAGCAGUUUGUCGUCCAGCACUCUCUGUUUGGGAGCCCAGUCCCCAAGACGAAGGACCCUCCCCGCUACGAGGAGGCCAUCAAGCAGACACGCAGCGCCCUGUCCUCCCUCCCAGAGAUUUCCAGCGCCCACAGCCAGCAUAUGGACGACCUCUUUGACAUCCUCAUCAAGAGUGGAGAGAUUUCCCUCCCUAUAAAGGAAGAGCCUUCUCCUAUUUCCAAAAUGAGACCAGUGACAGCCAGCAUCACCACAAUGCCAGUCAACACAGUGGUGUCCCGGCCACCACCCCAGGUGCAGAUGGCACCACCCAUCUCCUUAGAGCCUAUGAGCAGUUUAUCCGCCUGCUUAGAGAACCAACUAGAAGCUUUCUUGGAUGGCACUUUACCUUCAGCCAAUGAAAUCGCUCCGCUGCCGAGCAGCAGUGAAGACAGGGAGCCCUUCUCUCUGAUACAGGAACUGCACAGUGAACUGCUGAGUCACUCGGGCGUGCUGGACCCUUCGCACUCACCCAUGGAAACCUCCGAGGCCCAGUUUGCGGCAGGUGCCCCCUGUCUAUCACUGGACCUUUCAGACUCGAACUUGGACAACAUGGAGUGGUUAGACAUCACUAUGCCCGCCACGUCGUCGGGCCUCACUCCUCUCAGCGCAACCGCGCCAGCUAUGUUCUCAGCUGACUUCCUAGACCCCCAAGACCUACCACUGCCAUGGGACUAAUGCCACAGGCUUCUCGUCUCACAGCUCAUGAGGUUUAAGAGGACGAAGAUGAUUCUAGAAGGUCAGUGUUUAGAGACAGAGCCACUGUUGCAAUUAAAAUAUGUUGUCACAGAAAGGUCGGAUUGUCACAGCCUGGGAACCAAGUUGGAGACGAUUUCACUGCCUCCAGCAGUGAGUGUCUGCAAUCUGACAUGCACAGGCCUUCUGAGCAGCCCCUCGUCAAGGAAGACUCACCUGCCUUCCCCCAACUCAGUAACGAACAGAAAACAUCUUAGAUAAAAACAUACAGAAGAGGAUAACGCCAUGAGGUUCUCUGGUAACCGAAUACAUUUAAACCUCUAGGGUCGCUUUAAGGCUCUAAAGAAAAGGCAGACGGCCCCAUUCCAAACAUUGGGCUGGUGCGAGGGAAGUGACAUCACCGCAUGUUCCUAGAAAUGGCUGGAACCUGGCUCAACGCGCAGCUGGGGUCAGAGGCAGCCAGAGGCCCCAGCCAGUCCGGCCACAGCGUCCAGCUGAUGACUUUUGGUUCCAUUCAGAAACCAAUGUAAUUUUUUUGUGUUGCAGUUUAUUUUGUGAUCUUUGGAAUCUUACUUUAGAUUUCCAAAUUUAAACUUAAAUGGAAGCUCUUUCACCAUAAGCAGACAAUGUCUACAAAAUACUCUCAUGAACAAUCCACUGUAAAAAGUCCAGGUCUAUUGAUAACACUGAAAAUUCUAUUAGCAACCUUCUGGGUUGGUCAGAUUGAUCUAGUGUGUAAAUGAGACAUUUGUAUGUCUGCUCAGAAGUUAAAAUUGGUACAGCCUGCGUUGGGGUAAGGAAUUGGGUAUCCAUCCAGUAGCCCUACUUCUUUCAAUAACGCGAAUAUUUCUAGAGUACUUGAGCCACAUGUAUUUUCAUAUUUAAAGAACCGCUAACUUUCAGGUAACCAGACCCAUCUCAAAGAACCAAGAAAAGGCUUUAGCGUAAAAUCUCUUUCUGAGCUGGAGAGUUGCAACGCGAGGGCAAGGGAGCAGCCUGCCAUUCCCAGGACACUCCCACAUGGUCAGGCUGGACUGUCACCAGGGUGGCUCGGGGCCCCAGCUCUGGCUGUCCCCUUCUCCAUCGCUUAGCCUGGUCAUCGUUUUACAGGAUUGUAACUGGAUGUCAUGCCCGAGCUCGCACUAGAUUUUGAAAAACUGGAGGUUUUAUUAGUUGUUUUUAUAUAGACCAAAAGUUACCACAUAUUGUUGAGUAGUUUCUUAAGAAUUUUCUAAAAUGCCAACUAUCACAGAAUUUCCAAAAUAAUUUCAAACUAGUCAUCAUUUAAGUAUAUGACAAAAUGUAUAUAAGUGAAAAAAAAAUCUACCAAAAAGUGUGGAGGUUUUUAUUAAAUAUUAUCGUGCUCUCCACCUCACCUGUGUAAGGUGUCAGGCUGCUUUCUCCGGGUCAUUACAUGGUGACCCACCGUGACGUGUGAGAGGCAACCUGACCCGUUAUUUGGAAAGAAUUUGUGAAUCUUUUCUGGGCUUGUUUUUGCCUAAGUGCUGAUCUUCUCUCACAUUAUUGUUUCAGUUUGUAAAUUUCACUACAUGUAAGAAAAGUCCGUUUUUCUCGAAUUCAGUCGCCCCAACACUGCAGCCCUGGUAACCGAAAGCGCCUGUGAAUGUCUCAGAGGCGGCUGGGCUCGGUGUGGUCUGCGGUGAGCAGCUGAAGGGCUUAGAGGUUGGUGACCCAACACACAGGAUCCAGUAUUGACCAGAACGCCACCAUCUGACCGAGCCCAGCCAGAGUUUACCAUCCCAGGUGUGACGUUCCUCUGGGGGUGCCUGUUGCCAGGGGCAGGCUAUUGACUGAGGGAGGUCUUAGCAGUGGGUUUUUGUCUAGAGCUUAUCCGGUCCACACUUAAGACGCUGAGCAUUGACGUCAUUCAGAUGUAAAUGGCUUCUUAGCACCAAGUAGGAGGUGACUGAAUAGCCAGUGCUGCUGACUCUUGUUGAAUAACUGUUUUCAUCUUUCUGAGGUGUGUACAUAGAUCGUUUUCUAGCCCUCAGCUGCCCUUACUGCUUUUAAAAUAGGGUUUGAAACCUGCCCCAGGAAGGCUGCUCUCCAAAAACACUCACUGCAGGGCACAGAAUGCCAUCUCCUGAGCCUGCUCUCCUGACUUGCUGACGUGCCCACUUCACGUACCAGCGUUUCCUUUCAAAGGAAGGCAAGGAGUCUCAAGUUACGAACUCUCCCAGCCACCACAAGCACCAUUCUGCUGGGCCCUCCCGUCCUGGGUCCCACACACCUUCCUGCUCAGAGUGAGGACACAGCCCACACGCAGCAUGCGACGUGACCAAGUGACACUCUCACCAAGGCCCCUCUGACCUGAUUCAAUGGGAAGGGUGUGUGUUUACUGCGGAGGACCGCUCUGGGUGUUCGCGGUGAGGCCCACAGCCAUUACACCGGGUGCAUGCGUGUCGGUCAGAGGCGGCGCUGUCGGGUGUCACUGGCAGAAGGCCCUAUUGCCAAGAAAUCAACUCACUCCUAGAAACGUAUUCUCUCGCAUCCAGUCUAUUUCCCUCACUAUUCCUGAAGCAGUAGAAUCAAGUUCUCCUUUCCGUGUCUGUACGUGUCAGGUCAUGUCGUGGGGGUGGGAUGGAUGGAACUUCUCCCGAGUCUCUGGAAAUGGAGGGAAUGGGGUCGCCUUGUACAUUUCAGCAGCGCAUGUACCAGAAACCCUUGGACAGUGUGAGGGUUUUUCCUGAAAUGUGCAAUCUACUGUAUAGUAUUUGCCACCUAUUUGUACAUAGAUGUAUUCUGAAUUCAUGGAGGUUCUUGCUCAGAUACUAUUCGUGUUUGUUUUAUAUGAAUAUUUUUAUAAUACUAAAGAGAUCUUAUUUAAGUUUCCUUUUAGAAAACUGCACGGUCCUGUGACCCAUGUAACUGACACUUUUGUAAGUGCAGCUUAAGGAGAGUGGCAAAGCCAGGGUGGUGUCACCUCCACGCUGCCGCCCACUGACGAUCAAGUCAUGGCAAUGAGACGGCGCCACUGAAACGUGCAGUCGGUGGACACUGAGUGUGGUAGCGGGGACACGCUCCCCACGUGUCCCCCAAGCUGACUCAGGUUCCCUCCGCCCUCAACCCCAGAUCAUUCCAGGCCACAUAGCUUUCUUUAGUCCUUCAGAAUUCCCAGGCAGAAACCAGCUACAACAGCUGACAAAACAGCUGUCCCCACACAUGACGGGACAGUCCUUCCUCUGUCUGCAGACAGGCGUGGCCUUAAGGAAGUGCUGUGUUUGGUGCUGGCGACCCUUACCAAGCUGCUGCCAGGUGGGGCGCACGAAGCACCACCAGGGACUGUCUCGAGCACUUAGGGCGACUAGCUACGGGGUGUCCUAGCAGAGGUCCGUUUUGCCACCCAUCACUGCAAACACGAAUUCUGACUACAGGCAAGGAAGCACACUACCAAACAGACUGUCCACUGCCCCAGAGGCCACAAAAUUAGCCCAAAUUAUCAGAAAACAUUAACUGGAAGGUGAGGCUUAUCAAGAAGCACAGCUUAGGGCCGGCCGAGUGGCUCAGUUGGUUAAGAGCUCGCUCAAGAGUUUGAGCUCUGAGCAACAGUGGUUCGAGUC